CCCCCAGGACAAGGUACGUUCCCCUCCCGGGGCUGGGGCACGCGGCGCUGGCUCAGCACAUACCGGGAGCAGGGCAGCCUGCACGUCUCCGUCGAGCCAGAGCACAUCUUGAUCCUGCAGCCAGCACCUGGUGAUGGAGGCCGACGACAGCACAGAGGAGACCCUGCUGCCUCUGGCGCUGACAAGGUUUCAGCUCUCCGAGGAGUACGGCUUCCUUCUUCCUGAUCCUCUGACAGAGCUGCCGGCACCCUACGGUCCCUGGAUGGAGAUUGCCCAUGACCUGCCUCAGCUGAUCACAAGCCAUCAGCUCCGCUCACGAGUUCACCAGAUGCCGCAGCUGAGCGCCCAGCACCUCCGAGGGCAUGAGGAGCUGCACUUGGCGCACCUGGUUCUCAGCUUCAUCACGAUGGGCUACCUCUGGCAGGAGGGCGAGGAGGGCACCGUGAAGGUCCUGCCCCGAAAUCUCGCUGUCCCCUUCUGGGAGGUCUCGCAGGCCCUCGGCCUCCCACCCAUCCUCAGCCAUGCGGACUUUGUGUUGGCCAACUGGAGGAGAAAGAACCCCAACGGGCCUCUGGAAAUUGAGAACCUGGACACCAUCAUCUCGCUGCCUGGGGGUGAGAGCCUGCGAGGCUUCAUCCUUGUCACCCUCCUGGUUGAGAAGGCUGCUGUGCCUGGGAUUAAGGCAGUCGUUCAGGCCAUUCGUGCCAUCCUGCAGCUGGAUGAGGAGACUCUGUGCAAAGCCCUGCAGGCACUGGCAGAAGCCAUCAGGGACAUGAGCAAGGCUUUGAAACAGAUGCACGACUAUGUGGAUCCAACAGUAUUUUACACUGUGAUCCGGAUCUUUCUCUCUGGCUGGAAGGAUAACCCUGCCAUGCCGGAGGGGCUGAUAUACGAAGGUGUAGCUGACGAGCCCAUGGCGUACUCGGGAGGGAGCGCAGCGCAGAGCGCUGUCCUUCACGCUUUUGAUGAGCUCCUGGGGAUUCGCCACAGCGAGGAGAGCACCACCUUCCUCCACAGGAUGAGGGACUACAUGCCCCCACCCCACAGAGCCUUCGUGGAGGAGAUCCGCCGUGCCCCAUCCCUGAAGCAACAUGUGCUCUCCUCCGGAGACACACAGCUCCGUGCAGCUUUCAACCAGUGCAUCUCUGAGCUAGCAGACUUCAGGUCCUACCACAUCACCAUUGUCACCAAGUACAUCACUGUUGCAGCAGCCAAAGCCAAGGCCAGACAGGCAGAGCUGUGUGACAGGGUUGGCCCCUCUGCGGGGAAGCUCCCAUCUGCACUGGAGGCCAAAGGGACCGGAGGGUCCCACAUCUUCAGCUUCCUGAAAAGUGUCAGGGACACCACCAGGGAAGGGAUGAUAAGUGCCUGACUUGCCCCAAGGGUUUGCAAGGCACUGCUCAAGGCGGGUGCAGGAGGCCAAACGGCUCCGGUGCAUGCUGCAGCACACGAGCCAAAGUCCAACUGCAGCGACCUGCACCAAAAUUCUCCUCUCCGCAGCACCCUUCCUGCUCGUGCAUGUCUGGGAUGUGGAACGUGCUCUGGGUUGUCAAAGGAGGAGAGCACUGUUGCUGGUAAGCCCCAAAAGGCAUGCAGUGAGUGCAGCAUCCUGCCAUCGCACUGGGAUGGGCACAGCAUCCUUCCGUGGCACUGGAAUGGCAAUGACAACCUUCCACAGCAGUAGGAUGGGUGCAGCAUCCUUCCACGGCACUGGGAUGUGCACAGCAACCUUCCACGGCACUGGGAAGAGCGGUAUCCGUCCCAGCCCUGCCUGCUGUGCCCCACCACGCUCAUUCCCCGCGGGUGGGGGCUGCCACUCCGCUGGGGGCGACACGGGCUAAUAAAGCAGCGAUUCCCAAACCCA